AUGGGUUCAGUGCGGUGUCCGCCACCUGUCCCACACCCCACAAACCUACCUGUCCUAGAGGCCAAAGUAGAUCACUUGACUCACAAGUUGGAUGAGCUCCUCUCCAGAGAAAUAGGUGCCUGCACCAUCUGCUCCACCUGCAGUCUGCACAGUGGCCAGCCAGAGGCAACAGAAAGGCAGCUUGUGGCCCAGUCCAGGCUGCUAGAGAACUUGGAGAGGAAGAUCAGUGAGAUGCAGAGGACCUUAGAGGGCCUGGCCAAAGGUAACGUUCAAUCGAUCUGAAAUGACACAUGGAAGUAUUGUAUUGUUAUUGACAAUCUAAGUUUGACUGAGCUCUCUACAGGAUUGACCCAUGGUUUAGUAUUUCAAUGUCUCAAUCAAUGCCGUGUAUCUGCAUCAAAGUUUCAAACUGCAUUUCAAAGGAGAUUAAUAGCUGUGAAGUGGACAUGAAUUACAAUAAUUUUGUUCACAAAAUGUUGAUGUUACAACAACGUCCAUGCUACUGUGAAGAUGAGAGAGGCUUGUAGGAAAUGUGUCCAAUUUCCUUUGAGGAUAAUUCGGUUUUGUCUUGUAAAUGAGGUCUGGAGCAAAGGAACCCCCACACUUGCCAGGGAGCUUCCCCAGCCCCACCCAUCGAGCCACCACCUAGGACAGUAUAUCUGCCAGCCAGGACGUCAUUAGUCACUUCUAAGGUACUUUGAGUCUGUUUCCUCAUUGUGUGCAUGGUUAUGUGUAUACACUGCAUGGUCUUUUUCCAUGUUGAUAAAUGUCAACAUGGUAAACAUGUACAAUAUAUAAAUGACAAAACAUAAAGCAACUGUUUUAGUUGAUGAUUGGUCAGUGGCCCAAUGUCUGGUGCUAUAUGUUCUCUCAUGGUCAGGAUGAGAUCCCGGAUCAGUUGGAGACAAACAGACAGCAGGACAAGACACAACACACUCCUACCACCCCAGCAAAGAAAGGUAACUAUAUUCAUACUCGAUGAGCUCUAGACCAAAUGCAGGUGACCAAUAUCCAGGGUGGAUUCAAUUGGUGUGUUAUUUGACAGAGAUAGAUGCAACGAAAACAUUGACACGGCUGGCAGUAGCGGUUGUCCCAUCAACGGUGCACACUCAAAAGACUUUGACUCAGACGAGGACCACAGUGACAAAGAACCAAGCGGCCACACCCAUCGAGGCAUCACUUAGGACAGCAUCUCUGCCAGUCAGCGAUUCAUUAAGCACUGAAAAGGUACUCUUAUUGUAUGCUUUUUCAUUGUGUGAAUGGUUUUGUGUAUACAUUGCAUGGAUAUGUGUCUACUUGAUAUCUCUAAAUGGCAAAACCUAAAACGAGCCUUUUAAUUGAUGAUUGGUCAGUGGCACACCUUGUGAGAUGCUCAAGCGGCCUCUAUGUUUCUCUCAUGCUCAGGCUGAGACCCAGAAUCAGUUUGAGACGAACAGACACCAGGAAACAACGCAACACACUCCUAUCGCUCCUGCAAAGAAAGGUAAUUCACUUCCAUUUUAGUGGUAUGACUAUAGUCAUGUCAUACUCUGUGAGCUUAAGACCUACAUUUGGCUAGAUUGAGCUGACCAACAUUCAUGGCUUCGAUGGGUGUUUAUGUGUUAUAUGAUAGAUACAAACACAGUGAAAGCAUUGACAUAUGAAUGGAUAGACAUAUAUUAAUUAAGGGGUGUCUGCAGGUAUGGGAGCAGAGCAAAGAGACUGUGUUGGGGCUGCAGCAGGAGAGCAGCGGAUUGGAGGGAACCAACAGGGGGUCAGAGGUCAACCAAUGGCAGCAGAGUCCCACAGACAGAGUGAAACUAAAAGGGGUGGGAUGAGAGAGGUUCCAGCUGUAGCGAUUGUCCCAUCAAUGGCGGACACUCCAAAGACUCAGACGAGGACCACAGUGACGGAGAACCAAGCAGCUGCUCCCUCAAGUCCCACCCCCGCACCAAAAAAUCAGUCUGGGUUGGCUGUCCUUAUGGCAACCGUGGAGAGCUCCUCCCUCAGACAAGUGCACAGCUGUCCAGAGUCCUUGCAGAGGUAAAGGAGCUUACUCAUCACCUAACAUACAUACUAAUAGAAAUGAUCAAUGAUUGGAUAUCAUAUCUAUAUGUGAAAAACUCGACACAUCCACCACCGAUGUGAAUCACAUUGCUUUCCACCAUACAACGUAUAAACGCUAGUCUGCUCUGUUUGUGCUGGCCUUCUUUCUGGUCCAGGAUCCAGAGCUCAAGGCCCAUGCCGCAGUCUGUCUGCCCUGCCCGUGGACCUGCUGUUGGGAAGACCUGCAGUGUGUUGGGAAGGGCUAGUCCAGUUGCAGCCAGUGGAAUACAGAUCAGAGUAGUCCCUGCUGCAGCAGAAAGGACCCGGCCCAAGUCCCCACCCAAAACCUGCCAUAAGGUCAUAGGUGAAUGUUGACUUCCGUGCACAAAAGGCCUUAGUGUUUGAGAAUUUGGGGAUUAGUAUGCUAGUAUACAGAGAAGUGUACUGACGUUGUGCUAAUGAGUGGUGCCCUCCCAAUCUUUAUCUCUCGCUCUCUCUCUCUCUCUAUCUAUCUAUCUCUCAGAUGACGUUCCCCCCCAGCCGGCUCCUUUCCUUCACCACUGUGUGUCGUUGCGAUCCAACCCCACAUCUGACACCUUCAUUAUCCACACCAGAGAGGUGCUGGGGAGGUAAGCUGACAUCUGUAGCCUACUGGUCUGGAAUAGUGGUAGAAGUACUAAUCUGUCAGAUGUUAUCUACUGGCUAUUGGGUUUGUGUGUUAAUGAGUUAAGAAAAACAAAUUUUUCCCUCAGCGGACGCUUUGGCAAGGUGCACAAGUGCACCGAAAAAUCCUCUGGACUUAAACUCGCAGCUAAGAUAAUCAACACACGGACUGCUAAAGAAAAGGUGAGUGAGUAAGUUGACUGAUAAAUGAGAUAAUUUGCAUUUUGUCCACUCAAAGCAGUCCUACAUUUCAUGACUACAAAUAUAUAUACUGCAUAUUUACAGGUACAUAUUUGUAUGUUCAUGUACACAUUUGCCUGUGUUGUUCUCUCAGGAAAGGGCAAAUAACGAGGUGCAGGUGAUGAACCAGCUGAGUCAUCCUAACAUCCUCCAGCUCUACGAGGCCUUUGAGGCCAAGCACCAGCUGGUGUUAAUUCUGGAGUAGUAAGUGGCUACUAUUCCUUCAUAUUCCACUCUGCUAUUCAUUGUCAUUGGUUAGCAAGAUCUCCAUUACAUUGUAGUGCUUCCAAACAUUCUACAAAUCAUUUAACAGGGAUCAAUAAAUUAACAAUUAAUUAAUAUACUUUAAUGAUCUCCUGAGGGAGGAUUUGGUUUGCUGGCAGCACUCAGAGACAUAUAUACAGAACACUGAAUCACCACAAAUAUGGAUACAUUAUGAAAACAAAGACAAGGUGCAUUACAUACAGUAUACCUCAAUCAAAAGUACACAAUGGAAAGGGGAGAAAGGAGAAGUGGAGUUGGUCAACCUUAUGUCUGUGUGUGGCAGUGUUGAGGGCGGGGAGCUGUUUGACAGGAUUGUGGAUGAGAGCACACCGCUGACCGAGGUGGACGCCAUGGUAUUUGUCAAGCAGAUCUGUGAAGGGGUCAGCUACAUGCAUCAGAUGUAUGUCCUCCACCUCGACCUGAAAGUGAGUAUGGUGGACUGGAUGUGCAUUCCAGAUUUCAAGGCUCACCACCGUCACAAAUGCCAGGCACAUUUUAAUCACUACUUGAAGCACAGUGUGGUCAGUCUCACCAUAACUCAAAGAGGUAUCCAUGUGUGUUGUUGUGAGAAAAGUAAUCAAUGGUUAAUUUAUACAAAUGAAUUUGCACACUCCGAUGUUUACAGCCAGAGAAUAUCCUUUGUGUGAAUCGCACUGGCCAUCAGGUUAAGAUUAUCGACUUUGGGCUGGCAAGAAGGUAAUGCCUCUCUUCAGCUGUGUGUGUGACUUUGCAAGCUUUAUUGUGAGCAUUGGUAGCAGCUUUCUCAAAAAGAACCUUGAAAAUGAAUUUUCUUUCUUCCUCGGAAUCAGAUACAGGCCUCGGGAGAAGCUCCGAGUAAAUUUUGGAACCCCUGAAUUUCUGGCCCCAGAGGUGGUCAACUUUGACUUUGUGUCCUUCCCCACAGACAUGUGGACCUUAGGGGUCGUCACUUAUAUGCUGUGAGUCUAAUAUACCAGCCUCAUAUUCCCUAACAGCUUAGUUAAACCAUAAGUUGUAUGGGGCAAACUUACUUCCACGUAAGUAACAUUUCUACUUAGUGUCCCAUUGACAUCAAUGCAUGACUAAGUAAAAAUGUGACUUAAGUGGAAGUGAUGAUUCACCCCCCAUGUCCCUACCAUGCAUGCUUUUUAAUUGUGACCUGUGUCCCUGUGUAUGUGCAUGCGUCACUUCCUUCAUCUCAUCCUCCGCAGUCUAAGUGGCCUUUCACCCUUCCUGGGUGACGAUGAUAGCCAGACCCUCAACAACGUCCUCUCUGCCAACGGUUCUUUUGAGGACGAGGCCUUUGAGCACAUCUCAGCUGAGGCCAAGGACUUUAUCUCCCACCUUCUGGUCAAGGAGAGGGGGUGAGGGCCAAAGCUGAAAUAAUAAUCAUAACACUCAUGAUUUUGAUAAUUAUUACAGUUUAUUAGUUAUACUUCUACCCUGUUCCCUGUUUGGCCAGAGGGCGAAUGAGUGCUGCACAGUGUCUAAGACAUCCGUGGCUCAACAACAUUGCAGAGAAGGCCAAGGGCAGCAAUAUAGUACUGAAGUCCCAGGUCCUGCUGAAGAAAUACCUGGCCAAGAGACUAUGGAAGGUCAGUCCAACAUAUUUCCUCCACCACACAGUGUGGUUCAUUUAGUUGAUUUUGUAGUUGGAAGACACAUUGUUCACAUUACGGAACAGUUUUAUCCUCUUUGCACUACAAUCAGCUCUUUCAUGUCAAUUGUUUCCGGCCAACCAUUGUUGAUCAGAUGCAUCCAACCUUCCUGCCUUGCUCACUGUAUGUUGUAAAUGUGCUUCUGUGCUUAUUGACAGAAAAACUACAUUGCGAUAGCAGCAGCCAACAGAUUCAAGAAGAUCAGCAGCGGUGGGGAGCUGACCUCUCUGGAUACGGAUAUGGAUACAGUACCUAUAGCA